CCGUGAAGUGACCAUCUCAUGUUCCCGUCGUUAAAGGACUUCUGGAAGGGCCCUUUGUGAAGGGAUUCAGUUUUUGACUUUAGUUUGGAACGUGCCAACAAAUGGCGUCUCCUUCCCGAAGUGCCCUUAAGGGGCGCAAGAAAGCCGUUUGGAAUUUGCCCGGUGUCAAUUCGUGUGACGUUUCUUCUGGAUAAAGAGCGCGCACUCUCGAGUCAUCGGUAGGCGGCAGGGUUGCCCAUUCCAGGAAGGAAGGAGGAAGCAGGCAUUGCUCCGGGAAAAUAAACUCGGGGUUUAUUAACACGAGUUUAGACACUCCUGUGCGUUAUAAGCGUAGUUAAAGGUACUUUUUAAAAUGGGCCGGUGUUUCUAUUUUACCACACUCGUACUUUCAGUUUCAUAUCUAUUGGUACCGUUGUGUCACUCUUUGGAAUGGGGCGAGCAGUCUAGUCCCCUGCAGAAUGUGCGGUCCAUCAUUAUAAGUUUGUCCGAGGAAGCCCACAGUUGCCUGGUCUCUAUAUUUGGUGAAAAGAGACUCGACCUGUCUCUCAAGUUUCUACAAAGUGGUGUAAAAUGGCUGUCAAAUGCUGUGGCAUCAGCCCUUAAUAUGGUCAACCAUUAUGUUAUGGAGAUCUUAAAAUCAGCUGGAAUUGAUGCCAAGCUACCUUUCCAAAAAGUUACUCCGGAGGGAGUGAUUUUUGUCGCUCAGUGGGCCUUUCUGGUUCUUGUGGCCUACUGGAUAAUAUCCUUCAUCCUGAGUUUGGUUUUUGGAGCUAUAAGGCAGGCUAUGUGGCUGCUGAAGGUCACCUUUGCCAUAGGCAUGUUUGGAUUGAUUCUCAGCGACACUGGAGCUUCUGCAGAAACCACAGCGAUAAGACUAGUGGGCCUGGCAUGUGUUUGUUUCCUGUUAGGAAUAUGUACAACAUCUGCAAAGCCAGAUAGGCACCUCGAGGACAAAAUCAAGAUUCUGGAGAGACGACUAAGAGAGAUGGAGAAAAACAAAAUGGACUGACGGUGAAACUCUUUUCAGACCCGAUUUUUCUUUUCCCUUUCUCUUUGCUGCGGUUGUAAAUCCAAAGAUGGAAUCCAGUAUGAUAUUGUGGCCCUUCAAUAGAACCACAUAUGCAUUUUGUUUAUCUAAACUUGGAAGGUGCUUCAAUAAUUCAAGAUUAUUGAUUCUCAAGUAAAACAUGUCUUAGGGUCCCAUAGCACAAUUGGAUCUAGUAUUUGAGUGGUUUAAUUCUUAACCAAAGUACAGAAUCGAAUGUUCAAACACUGUUUCUGGGGUCUUGUAUACAGAGAACAACAAAUGUCUUUAUACUGCAUUAUUUUCUUAAUGUAAUAUUCAGGCAUGUGAUGCAUAGGGCAACAGUACGAAAUCUAUUUAAUAAAUUCAUUAUAAAUUUUUUUUAACAAAAGCCCUGUCCGAUAAAUGGUUUUCUUGGCAACAGUCCACUGCAUUUUUUCCAUGACUGUGCUUUGGAGUGGAAAAAAAAAAAGUCACAAAAACAACAUGUUAUAAAUAACUGAAAAAUUGCCUCUGUAUUACAUUUUAUGCAGAUGUCAAUGCUCUGUGCAAGUUCCAAAAUCUCCACAUUCUUUUCUUCUUUUUUUUUUUUGUACUGGUUCCAAUGUCUGUUUUGAUAAAAUCCUAAAGAUGCAUGAUUCUGACUGUGUGCAGAGUCAGACAUUAAAAAUAACAUGAAUAUUGA